AUUCUGUUACCAAGUCCUUAAGCAGGGUCUUUCUACAAAAUGAAGAUCUUCCACUAUCUCCUCCAUUUUCUCUGUUAUGUGACCUUCAUUCUACCAGCCACAUGUAGCUUGGUGGAUCCUGAUCGUUGCUCAAAACUUAAAGGUGUCUGUAGGAGAAACUGCCUUUUCAGAGAAAAGCAAAUUGAUGUAUGUUUUUCACCACGUAAGAUUUGCUGCAUGGAUAGGCUACCUGAAGAUGAUUAAGUAUUUUGA